UCACGGCGUCGUUGAUAAAUCAUGACAGUCCAUUCCAGACGCCUGUAUCCCUGGCCAUCCAAGCUAUCUUUGCUUCAACUUCUCGUGCGCGUGCGAGCCCCAAACAUCAAAAUGAAGAUCCUACCAAACUCGCUAUGGAGUGGAUCUUGAAGACCUCGAGAAGCCCUGAUGUCGUUAGGUCAGUGGUCGAGCUGAUGCCUACAAUGCCAGCACUGCCAGACGUGAAACUCGUGCCGUUAUGCGAAGACGUUCGAGACAUGUUCCAGGCAUGUUUUAAUCAGCGUGGCAUUCCGAUACUACGCGACAGCGCACUGGCAUAUGGGAAGGCAUUGAUCCACUUCUCUUCUAAUUAUGGUGAUGUGAAGGCGUAUGCUCCACACAACCACAAAGGAGUGGAAUCCCUGGGAACGGUGGCGCGACCUGUAUGUGCCUGAGGCGCUGGAACAAUGUGGAAUUUCCUACAACCGAAUACUCAAGACCGGUGAUCCAGGUUUGAAGGAUUCCUUCCGACAAGACACCUGUACCGCUCUGCGUAUGGUUGUGGCUGCUGGAAUAGACCAUUUCGCUUAUCCCAAUGACGACGACAAAGAAUACACAUGGAUUUGGAACGGUAAAUUUGGUCCGCUGACAGCUGACUGGUUGUUGGACUGCCCAAAAGAGAUCCAUAACAUGCGUGUCAUUGACAUUGAUGCAGUUGGAAACGCUCUGCUCUUGUUCAGUUACACGCAGAUCGAACCAUCACGCCUUGUCCAAGACCGCAUCGCCCCAUUUCUGAAUGACGACCAGUCACUUAAAUUUCGCCAUAUCGCACUUCGUGCUGCCUGGCAGCAAAUUCACUGCGCGGACAUGUACGAACCUUUUCAUGCGACUGCUUCCUUCCUCCAUGCUGUUCUGAAGGCCAUCUUUCCCAUGGUCCCAAAUGAACAAGAUCGGAUUACCAAUGCAAUCGAAUUGCUUAACUUCCCUGAAUGGCCAGGAGGUAGCGAUCUAGCGACUUUUCCCCUGCUUAAAAUCCAGUUUCUUGUACUUCUUGUCUUACCUGCACCAAAGGUUGACAAUCUCGCAAGCUAUACUCCUUACUGCCGUGCCCUCAUUCGCUGCAUGGGUAGAGAUCGACCUCAUUACCUCCGCCGUUCCGCCUCAAAUAUUGUCUGUGACACCCGACGAGACCUUGUAAAGUUAGCCACCGCUACUAGAGCUAACAAGUCCUUACAAGAUGAACUCUGCGGAGGCCUCAUCACCGCACCCUUUACUUAUCUCAAUGAUUUGCUCACUAAUGAAGAAAACCCUCCUCUUAUGCCCAUUGUCCGUCUCGUCUUCAUUCUUGCAAAGAGCUCCGACUGGCACCCUUACUUGACCCGGGAUGGCUCUAUUGAAGAGUGGACUUGCAGACAUACUCACGCAUUAUGACUACGAUCCCUUCGGAAACAUCAUCAUCAGCCACCACUGACUAUUAAAACAAUGCAUUGCCUCUUUUACCUCGCCGGAAUUUCCCUCCGUAUUGCUUCACCAGAGCAGGCCGCAUCUUCCUUUAGCGCUGUCAUGCCCAAGCAAUGGUGGGACUUGAUGAGGAAUGCAUGGCAUAUCUUCUAUUUUUUCAUUCCCAAGGGAAUGGAUGAUCGUAUUGGGAGGCUUUCAGAUCGUGUCGUGGACAUGCGGUACCCGCUACCAAAUCCUUCGAAGGAUAAUCUCGAGGAGGUAGAUGAUGAUCUUAUUGAGAGCAUUCCAGCUCUUGUCGUGGGGCACGAAGUGGCACAUGCCACCAGAUGCUUCGAAGAAUGA